AUGGCGAACGGAAUCUUCAACUCCACAUACUACGGCAAGGAUUACCGGGCCGGCGCUGCCCUCCUGCGUGCCCGCCGCCCAUACCUCUUCAAGAACGCUUUCACCGGCUUCGGACUGGUGGUCUUCUCAAUCGGCGUCUACGCCUACACCAUCACUGCUGUCGGCCAAGAAGAGUUCUCCGAUGUCAAGGUCCCCGAUACCCCCGCGAAGAAAUAA